GAGGCUUAAGCACCUACUGGACAGCUCGCACCGGUCAUCGGCGCAAGCGUUCCCCGGCCGAAAAAUGGUCGGAAAUACAGUGGUCUCCCUCGGCCGGCACUGCAGCGCGCAGCAGCAGCGGCAGCGGCAGCGGACGUGCUCGCCAAGGUUGGAGGAGGAAUGAGAUGACAGCUUAUCCAGGGAGAGGAGGGGGGCCUUCUGCACUAUGCGGAAAUUGGAGUAGGCAACGAGAGAUCUCAACAAGUGUUAGGAUCACCGCCACAGCUUUCUUCGCUUCUUUCGACAGUUCUCAUCGUGCAAUCGAGAGCUUCCACUCGUUUUCCCCACAUCCACCUCUCUCCCGUUAAUCGUUUGACCACGGUGAGAUUGAACACGAGAUCUAGCUCGAGAAAACCCUCAAAAAUCAAAUUUCCGAACUUCACAGGCAACGACAGCGACAAUGGCUCGUUCCUGGAAGCCCGCCUUCUGGGCCCUCUUCCUGAUGGUCCAGCUCGGCCUCGCCUCCACCGUCGCCGAGAAAAUUGGUCUGACGAGCAAACCCGUGGCAUCGCUGAGCCUCGAGGAGAUUGACGAGCAGCUGCAGCAAUGCUCGAUAGUCCAAUCCCUAACCUCGUCCAAACUCGCCUCCCUCUCCGAAACCCCCUCCCUCCUCUCCCGCGCCUUCGGAACCCUCUUCCCCGGCUCCCCCGCCGUAAACGCCCUCCUGGCAACCCUCUACAUCUCCGGCCCGCCCAACUUCCUCCUCGCCCUCUGCCCGACCGACAUUGACCCCUCCUCCCUCUCCGUCAUGGUCGCCUUCGCCGUCGGAGGGCUCAUGGGCGACACCCUAUUCCACCUCCUCCCCGAAAUCUUCCUCGGCGAGGACGAGCCCGAGCGCGCGCGCCUAGUGCUCGUCGAACCGAACCGUAACCUGCUGCUCGGCGUCGCGAUCCUGGUGGGCUUCAUGACGUUCGUGGCCAUGGAUAAGGGGUUGAGGAUCGCUACGGGCGGGGCAGGGCAUUCGCAUGAUCACGGACACUCGCACGCGCAGGAGCACGGGGAGGCCAAGGCCGAGGGCGUAUCGUCUGCCGUGGAGAAGGCGGGCGAAGUCACCUCGCGCAAGAAGAAGGGCGGCGCCGGCACCGACUCCGGGUCCGGACCCGACGGCGCCGUGAGCAAGUCGGAGAAGGAGAUGAACCCCAGCGUGAGACUCGGAGGCUACUUGAACCUGAUCGCCGACUUCACGCACAACAUCACAGACGGCCUCGCCAUGUCCGCCAGCUUCUACGCCUCCCCGACCAUCGGCGCAACGACCACGGUGGCCGUCUUCUUCCACGAGAUCCCCCACGAGGUCGGCGACUUUGCCCUCCUCGUGCAGUCCGGCUUCAGCAAGCGCGCCGCCAUGGGCGCCCAGUUCGUCACGGCCCUCGGCGCCCUGCUCGGCACCCUCAUCGGCAUCGCCGUCCAGGAGCUCGGCGGCAGCGGCUCCGGCUCCGGCGAGGGCGGUAUGCCGCGCAACGCGGGGCUCUGGGGUACCAGCUUGACCCUGGGCGACCUGCUUCUCCCCUUCACCGCGGGCACGUUCCUCUACGUGGGCACCGUCGCCGUUAUCCCCGAGCUCCUCGAGACCGGCCCGAACAAGAUGGCCGAGCUGCGCAAGACCCUCGUCCAGUUUGCCGCCAUCGCUGUCGGCGCCGGCAUCAUGCUGUACAUCUCGUGGCACGACUAGAUGAAUGCACCCCCUUUUUUUAAAUGAUGCUUAAAUUCUUUUUGCCUACGUGCACAUGUAAACAUGCCUCACGUUAGAUAAAGUUCUGACUGCUGGAAAAAAGCCAAAAAAGGCGUAAGUCCAAUGUAGAAUAUAUAGAGACAAUAGACCGUGCAAGACCGUCUAUCACUGCUAUGAGUUGGUAUUGCUCCGGCCAAAAAGUGACUUGAAAGCAAGCCGUCGCCAAGCCUUCUUCAACCUUUACCUCUGGAAAAGACUGGAGACAUGUCAAGCGGCAUCCAUACGGUUAAAGUAGGUAAGCUGAGGACGAGGAAAGCAUGACCAACUCCAACCAAAACUGGCGCAUCCCAUAGCAGAGACCGUCCGAAAACCCAUGUUCCAAC